GCAGCGAGCGAGAGGAGCUGAUGUGCUUGGUAAGGCGCUUGAUUUCAUUUCAUGCGUAAAAUGCACUUUCGUUGUGAUUUGGCACCGUAGAAAUCAAAUGGAACCGAUUUCUUUUGACAGCGCUAACGGAACAGUCCACAUGUGAAAGCCUGCGUGCUGCAGUAUUAUUACAGGAAGCAAAAUGGAUUUCACUGCCAAACACGGCGUGGUGCUGCUUGAGCAGCUGAGGAAGAUGAGGGAGGCCGAGCACCUGACGGACGUCGUGCUGGUUGCCGAAGGCGUCAGCUUUCCCUGUCACCGCCUUGUUCUGUCCGCCUUCAGCCCCUACUUCCGCGUUAUGUUUACAUGUGGCCUCCGUGAGUGCAGCAACAGAGAAGUAUUCCUGCGGGACACCCCUGCAGACAGCUUGGCUCUCCUCUUAAACUAUAUGUAUACGUCAGAACUUCCUCUGGACAACAGCAACGUGCAAGGCAUCUCCAUCGCAGCUUUCCUACUGCAGAUGGACGAGGUAUUCUCUCACUGCCAGCAGCACAUGAUGGAGAACAUGGACGCCUCCAACUGCCUCGGUGUCUUCUACUUUGCCCGAGACCUGGGUGCAGAGGAACUGACCGAUCACGCUCAGCGCUUCCUGAGGCAGCACUUUGUCCAAGUGUGCCAGCAAGAAGAGGUGCUGGACCUCGAGGCCCAUCAGCUGGGGAAGUUGCUCAGCUCAGAUGAUCUUAAUGUUUCAAGAGAAGAAACCAUUCUAGAUGUGGUUCUUCGCUGGGUGAAACACAGCUCCCUGAUGGAAGGAGAAGUGCGUGGCAAGCACCUCCCAGAGCUCCUCAGGAAAGUUCGCCUACCCUUGAUAAGUCCUGACUAUUUACGAGAGACGAUGAAGAGGAAUACAGCCUUGCUAGCUGACGCCGAGUGUCUGGAGAUGUUGAAUCAAGCCUUGGAGGCCGUAGCCAUGCAUCCCUCAGCUGCACCGCGCAAACUGAAGCUGCGCUUUGGGAUGGAAACCACGGAUUUGCUGCUCUGCAUCGGCAACGACGGCGGCGGGAUCAGGUCGAGAUACGGCAACUAUAGCGAGCGCAGCUUUUGUUUCGCCCCGUCAACAAGCCGGGUUUACUACAUCACUUCACCUCGAUACGGAGAGGCUCUCGGGUACGUGUGUGCUGGGGUUGUUACUGAAGAAAACAACAUCAUAGUGUCAGGAGAGGCCGGUGCCCGAAGGAUGUCCCGACAAAAGGAGAUGAAUGUGGAGCUCUUCAGGUACAAAGUGGAGGCCCAAGGUAGUUGGGAGCACCUCACAUCAGCAGAGUACCGUGAUUCCUAUGGUCUCGGUUCCCUGGGUGACACCCUGUACCUGCUGGGCGGGCUGAUGAAGCUGAAGAACCAGUUCCUCAUCACGAACUGUGUGGAGCGAUGGUCUCUGCAGGGAGGACCCUGGCGGAGUGCAGCACCUCUACCAAUCCCACUGGCUUAUCAUAGCGUGGUCACGCUGAAGGAUCGCCUUUAUGUGAUUGGUGGUAAAACCCCCCAGACAUACCGAAUGGAUGACGAACCAGACAGUCUCAGUAACCGCCUUCUCGAGUACGAUCCAAACACAAACAAGUGGACAGAACUGGGUCCAAUGAAGUACUCAAAAUACAGAUGCAGCGCUGUUGUGCUCAAUGGGGAAAUUUUUGUCAUAGGAGGUAUCGGCUGUGAGGGUGUGGACCGUGGGCAGUCCCGGCGCUGUCUUGACGCUGUGGAGAUCUACAACGCAGAUGGAGAUUUUUGGAGGGAAGGACCUCGUCUACCAUGCCCUCAACUGUCACUGCGCACUAAUGCAUCAAAUGCUGGUGUGGUGGGAGGAAAGAUUUACGUGUGUGGGUACUACAAAGGAGCAGAUCGUCAUGACGACAUUACUAAGGACAUCUUGGAACUGGACCCCUGGGAGAAACGAUGGACGGUGGUGGCUCGGCGCGCUUUGAUGCAUGACAACUAUGACGUUUGCUUAGUGGCAAGUCUGAAUCCCAGGGGACUGAUAUCUCCACCUGCAGACCUGUUGCAGUAAACACUACAAAAUACUUGGAUUUUGACAAUGAAGUCAGAUUGGUAAAGCACUUAUACUGUAGCUUCACUGGGCAAAGGCAAUUUUUUCUUAAGCAGCAUGAAAAAAAAGUUUGUUCUGGAUAAAAUUGUACAGUAUUUAGUAGGGAAUUAUGCAAAAACUGUCUAUGCAAACGCUCUAACCUCCCUAAUACUGUGUAAUACUUCUGUCUGUUCGUGUUACACAUCUGUAAAAUGGGUAUUUUUGUUGCUUUUUAUCUUUUUGUCAACAUCUACAGUGAAUCCGAUCAAUUUAAUCAACAUUAACAGGCGUUAAGUACAUGAAGAAAAAAACGUU